CUUUAUUAUGUGUGUGCUUUACCAUAUUUUCAACAACUAAAAAGUCGACGAAUUUACAGUGUUUUAAUUGCGAUAGUUAAUUGUUAUUUAACAUUUGGCACUCGCUUCUCGUUUCUGAAAACGUCCUAAUCCAGACAGGAAUGUUAGCAAAUUAACGUUGUUUAGAUGUGCUAAUCCUAAAUAUAUUCAAUUUAUUGUAUUAUUAUUCAAGUUUCAUUGUAUUUUACUUCUUGAAUCAGCUAAUUAUUUAGUUUUCAUAAUGAUUAUUGUAACAUUUCGUCUUAUAAGCGUUGCAUUCUGAUCUACAAUGUUUAUUAAUUCAAAUUACCUGCGAUUUUGGAUUCAGUUAUUGUAUAACUGAUAUUAAAAGGAAUCCGUAAUCGUAAAAUAUAAAUCUCCAUGUAUGUAUUAAAACAUUUCAACUCGUUUAAUUGAGGAACACAUUUAAAAGAAGAAUAUUUAAAGAGUUUUUAUUGCAAAGGAAUUUUGCCAAAAUUAUCAUAUUUGGAUGAAGAGAAUAUAUUAAAUCUUUUCAAGGACUUUUGGAAUAUCUAAAUUAGUUUUUUAAAAUUAAUCAGUAAAUUAAAAGAAUAAUCCAUAUCAUUAGAAAAGCAGUUUAUUAUCAAUAUAUUGUCAUUUGUUCUGUUUUGUUUAAGAAUAAAUUAAUUCAGUUACUUCCCGAUGCUAAAAGUCACAUUAAAUUAAUUUGCCGUUGCGUAUUUCUGUACCGUUGAAUUUUAGGACUUUUAACUAACAUGAUUGCAAUUACGUAUUUUAAAGAUUUUUAUUCAGAUUUUAUCAAACACAUUUGCGUGAAAUAUCUGACGAAAAUAUUAUGUACAUUGAAAAACGGCAGAUAACUAAUUCCUUUCUUUCCUUGAGUUUUCUGCGGUAAGGUUAGAUAGUUUAACUAAAAUCUGUAGAUAGUAUCUACUAUAGGAAGUAGCUACUGUAGCACCUUUCAAAUCGAGUUGUCACAAAUGAAAUUCAAACAAUGAAGCACUGACCGUUUCCUUUCAAAAUGAAUGGUAAAACUGAAAAAUCCGAUUCUUUAGAAUCAUUAGAUUUAAAAGUUCUCUCCAGUCGGAGAAUGACGAUACUAUCAAACCGCUGUUGCAAAUCUAUGAGACUGUCAACAGAGGAAGAUGACAGUGACAUUGACAGCGAACCAGAGUCUGGAGAUGCAAUGCUGGAACAGAGAGAAAGCAAUCGAGAGCCACAACCAUAUGUACAAGUGACGAGAAGGACAUGCUUUACAGAGCACCGCAAGCGGAUGUCUUGUGGUUUGUUUCUAACUUCUUUCGUCGCUGUUUCUUGGGUUGGAGGUACUCAUCUUCUACGAGCGAUGUACGUCGACUACUCCGAAGCAUUAGCAAUCAAUGCACAACUCAACUUGACGGCUACGAACAAUCCACAGGAGAGCGAAAGGAGGAGUGCAAUGCUAUAUCCUCUUUACAAUGCUCCCUUCUUCACAACUUGGAUCUGCACCACAUUGAACUUUUUGUUUUUCCCAGUUUAUCUCACUUCGAGAUUUUGUGCACCAGCUUCGGAAAAGACAUCCCUUAAAAAGGAACUCACGGAGAGCGUGCAACCCUACCAAGAAAGAGGACUAAAUGUGGGCAAAUUCCUUUGCCGUUGCGGAAUGUUCACUGCUUUGUGGGUCGUUACAAACUACAUGUUCGUUUAUUCCCUGAAUCUCUUGGACGCCACUGACGUCAUAGCUCUUUACACCACAAACGCUGCCUUCAUCUAUCUUCUCUCAUGGGUCCUUUUGCAGGAGCAGUUCGUCGGCAUAAGGAUCGUAGCAGUGAUCAUGUGUAAUACAGGUAUUGCGUUAUUUGCAUACAUGGAUGGCGUCUCUUCGCGCGCUGUUACCCUCGGUGGGGUUGUAUUAGCCGCAUCAGCAGCAGCUGGAACAGCAGUUUAUAAGGUCCUGUUCAAAAAACUCGUAGGAGAUGUAAGUUUAGGCCAGCUUUCUUUCUUCUUCAGUGUCGUAGGUUUGUGCAAUGUUCUUUUGAUGUGGCCUUUCUUCCUUGCCCUUUAUUUUGCAAAAAUGGAAACAAUUCAUUGGAACGAUAUACCAUGGUUACCUCUUGUAGGAGCUGCAUUAUUUAUUUUUUUGGCUAAUCUCUUAGGAACAUUUGGAGUGAUGUGGACAUACGAAGUAUUCCUUACUCUGGGUUUCAUGUUUGCAGUUCCUGCUUCUGCGGCUGUUGAUGUAUACUUGUAUUCUGUUGUGUUUCGAGGGAUGAAAUUAGCCGGAAUCAUUCUUACUAUGAUAGGAUUCUGUCUCGUUUUACUCCCAGAAAACUGGCCGGACUAUCUCACCAUGAUGCUGAGAUGGCGAAGAAACAAAUACCCUCAGGGGAACAAUUGUAAUCCAGACGUUAGAACGAGUUACACUUCUAGACUUAGAACUCAAAGUGGAAGAGUCAAGUAGUGAGCUCAUUAGCACAAGGAAAUCAAAGGUUGUGUGUACAAAUAAUUUUCUUUCAGAAGGAGUCUAAAGCGUCUUCAUUUUCUUCUCAUAACAUUUAUGUUUCAUUUGUUUAGUAUAACGAACAUGCUUUCUACGGAUCAAUGCACUUGCGUUCAAAGCGGUUUGAAAUAUUUUCGUCGUCGUUUAACACUGAGUGAACAAUGGUGAUGCGUGCAAAAAACAUGUGAGCUUAAUAUUGCUCAAACCCUGGCGUUGUAUUAUGUGUAACACGAAUUAAAUUAUCUUAGCUUCGAAACUAUUACUGCUUGAAUUCUCUGAAACUAAUGAAUUUGUAUAUAGAAAUACAUAAAAAUGUGAAAACAAUAUAAUAUGCAAGACCUUAAUUUUGAGACUAAGGCAUUAUUUUCAAUAUUUUGUUUGGACUAUAAGAACAUCUUUUAAAGUGAUCCUAAGGCAAAUAAUCAACAUUGAGAUAUCAGACAACGUGCUAAGAUAAAGGGCGUACCAUUUGCAAUAAAAUGUGAUUUGCACUAGCUGGUUCUUUGAACAGGAAGUAAUUAGGAACAAAAUAUACGGCUAAUUGUUAUUAAGGUAUAGAAUGCGAAGUUACGGCUUGGCGACAGGAAACAGGAAAGAGUAUUUAAACAGGGUUUUGAGCUAAACAAUAAUGGAACAGCAAUUCACGAGAGCUCUUAAAAAUGAAGUAGAUUUAAGAAAGUUGACUUAACGAAAUAAUUAUGAUAAUUUUUCAGAUUAUGUAUAUUUGUACCCUAGCAGUCAUUAUCUAUGACUUUAAUAAAACAAUCAUUGUCAUAGACAGGGUGUAUACUUACAUGUACAUUAUAAUUUUAUGAAGAUAUAUCAAUAUUUUUGUUAAAAUUUAAAAAAUAUAUUUUAAGAUAUUCUUCUUUCGCGUUUCAUGGAAUAAAUUUAAACCUUCAUCAAACUUAUAUGGAAGAUUCUAACGUGAAUUUCAUAAACUAUUUCAGAAUUUUCGUAAAUAAAUAUUUAAAUAAACUUAUCUAAAUAUUUGAAUUAAAAAUUUCGAAAGUACAAUGUAUGUAGUUUGAAUAUUUGUUGAGAAAAAUGUUUCACUAUCAGAUUUGUUUUUACUGUAACAGGAUCUGGCAUUAGGGUCUUUAUUCUCUCAGCUAUUUGCAGUGGUGCUGCUGUUAAGUAGACUGCAUGUAUUUAAAUAUAAGAAAAUGUACUGAUGAAGAAAGUUUUAAAUUUACACAUUUAAGAAUAAUUUUGGUUUAGAUGUUGUACCACAUCUUUCGAUAUGCAAACUCUAUGUGUAUAAAAGUCAGUUUUUCUUUUAUUUAUAUAUACAUGAAUUCCUGUAUGUGUACUGAUGAAAUGUUUGAUAGCUGCACAAAAGUGUUUUGUAUGUUAGUGUACUGUUUUGUACCAAAAAUGAAUUAUUUUAUUUUGCAUAGUAAUAUUACAGUUUAUUUAUUCUUAUCUUUAAAUUUUGCAUCGCUUUUGACAAUGAAAUUCUUAUAAAAACAAUUAAAUUAUAUUUCUAUGUUUUGAAAUUUACCAGCGAAGUUACGUAAGACAGUUUGUUAAGGUGAAAAUUUUAAAAAUCUAUGCUAAAAGAAUUUAGAUACCAUAUAUAACUCUCCUAAUAUUAAAUUUUGUUUUCUUGCAUUUCUCUUGUUUGUGGAAUUCUAUGUCGAAUAAUUUUAAAACAUUAUUUUUUAACUUUCUCAUGUACCAGUAUUUCAUGAUUAGUUAACACAUUCAAGAUUUAGUUAACGCGUGAAAACUUAAAACGAAUCAAUUUAGAUUCUAAUCGAAUUAAUCUAUUUAGAUUCGUUCAAUGUCAUUUCGAAAAUUUAUUAUUUCACCCUAAUUACUAACAGUAUUUUUCUAAAUGCCUGUUGCGAAUUUAAUUUACUUCUAUGUUAGAUAAAUUAUAUACAUAUUAAGUACAGAUAAGAAUAUAAUAUUAUUUAAACAUUUAAUAAUUUAAGGAUGUGUUUAAGAUUAUAGUUUUGCAGAUACAAAGAAAUAAUGAGCUGAAAUAGACUCGCAAAUUGUAGAAAAGAAAAUAAUUGAAUUACUUAAUCGAUUUUAAAGAUAUUUCUAAUAAAGCAGUAUAUUAGUUCUCAAAUUCGCUAAAAUGAGCUUUUCCCUUCAGUUUAACAGUAGCAUUCAAUUUUUAAAUGUAAGUUUUUAAAUUAAGAACUGAAAAAAAUAAAGAAGUGUAAUGCUUUAUUAUUACGUAUUUAUGUAUGGUGCAAGAUAUAAUAUUAAGUGUUUCGAAAGUAAAUCGAUAUUAGUUGUAAUAUUUGUUAGAUUGUUAAUAUGUGUGUUGAUAGUGAUAAAUAAUCACAUUAUAUUACAUAGAGAAAUGUAUGUGUGUAGAAAAUAUUUUACAAUGAAAACGGGAAGAAAGAACAAGAUAUAUAUUCUUUCGUAAACAAUGCUGUAAUAUAAAACUUCUAUAUGUUUUUUAUAUUUUUUCAUAAUAAUUUAGUUACUGUGUAAAUAAUGAAGCAUAUUUCUAAUGCUUUUUUAAUUCCAUGAUUUUUUAAAAAGAGCUUCGAAACAAAACAAAAAUAGAAUUUAUUUCUAGGUGAAAAUGUUUUACAUACUACUGUCGAUUUUCUACAAUGAAAUCAGCUUUCGUUUCAUGCAUAUCAUCAUUGUUAACGCGCUAAAGUUUAUUUUCAAUUUCAGAAGAAUGUUUAGUCAUGAUGUCAAUCCAUUUAAAAAUUUACUUUUUGCAUGCUUACAUUAAACAUACUUACUUUAAACUAAAGGUAAUACAAGAAGUAAAUCACGGAAUUGUGGAAAACAUGCAUAGAAUGCUACUGAUUGAGCUGAUUAAAAAUAAUGUAUGUCAUUUAAUUUAAAUUAGGUUAAUAUAUUUAUUUAUGCAUUUGAAGCAAUAUAUAUGAAUUUACAAAAAAAAAAUAAAAAAAAAUAAAAAAGAGAAAGAAAAGAAAUUUUACAUAAAGUUAUUUUUCUCGGAAUAUUACUAGAGAGAGAUACGAGUAUUACUAUGGAGUGACUAUAUUACUAUAGAUUGCAUAAGACACCGGAAAAUCCAAAAUAAUUUGAAUAAAUUAAUUCUGAAAUUAAAAUCGCACACAUAAUUAUAUUUCAGAAUGCAAGAAUAGUGUUUCGAUAGAAGGAUUUAAAUACUUUAAAAUACAUUCUGUUGCAUAUUUUCAGGCUAAUCAUAGAUUUCCUUAUGGUAUUAUAUUUGUCUUGAUAGAGGAAACGAAAUAAAAUGUCAAAAUGGAACAUCUAUGGCUUUAGAGAUGAAUCUUAAACUAGAAUACUUGAUCGCAGUGGUCCACAGCAUAGCUAUGGUCGAGUGGUUGCUCACUACAAGCACCUUUUAUGAGCAUAUAUUAGUUGUUGGCUUUAGCACCGUAUUCAGUAAAAAAAACUUAAUCUAUAACCUUUUGUCAGAGUUUCAUGAUCAGGGCAAUUUAAGUAGGUUUGGAUUUAAACUUAAAGAAAAGACACACAUCAAAAGAAAAUAGGAUAUUCCGAAGCAGGCGCCGAACAGCAAAGAAGAGUAACCUCAAAGAUCUGUAGAACGCAGACGACAUAAUGACCGCAUCUACUUAUGAAGUACAUCUUCAAGACGGUAUUUUGCAGCGCCAUGGAAAAUAGAAAUGAAUGUAAAGUACUAACAUAAAAAGACAUUUGCAAAAUUUGGAGCUAAAUAUAAAAGAGACACUAUUAAUUUUGACUUGGGUACUGCUCUAAACGUAUAUAUCUUAAACACGCAUUCUGUAAACACCUAACGAUGUGUGAUUGGAUAGUCUCAAAACUCAAUGCGGUUCAUCCCUUUGGUUACUGAAAUUAGAAUCAUGGAGAGAUUUAAAAUAGGCUGCACUUAACUAUAAUAACCACUGGUUGUCAAGGGGAAUAAUAUUGUGUUAUUGCAUAUGCAACAGCUCAACUUUAUGUGACAGGCUAGAUUUAAAUUCGCAGCGUAGUUAAAAGAUCGUUUAAAAAUAUGUAGUCUAUUCUGUGUAGAAGCUUAAUUAGCGCCAUGUGAGGAUUAAGCUAUUUCCUUAUGACAGGAAAUCAUGUUUAUAUACAAUAGUACUUCAGAGGAGUAUUUAAUAAAAUAAUUUUAAUGAUAAAUCAUUUCUGAUAUAAUCACCAUACUUUAACUUUAUUAUACUGCACUUAGGCAAUCACAGAAAUAAGAUUUAUUCAUUAAAAUAAACAAUAUAUUUUAAUAAAAUUCUUAUUAUAAAACUUGCUGAAUUUGUUAGUCUGAUUUCAAAUGUCUGCCAAAAUUUACUAUCUGGAUAAUAAUUUAAAGACUAUCCCUAAUUAGAUGCUUUCCAAGGCCCUAAAGCUUUAAAAUGCUUUUAAAGUUAUCUAACAUUUUUGGGGAAAUAUUUUUGGGGAAUAGAAGUCAUUCUUAAAUUGGAAAACUGGUAAGAUCUUUUUGUAUUUUAUUUUUAAUUAUUUUAUUUUGUAUGGGUUGACAUCACUAUUCUGCUGCGAAUGACAUCGUUACUACGCUUGCUUAAAAUUAUUCCGUUACUUUCUUUAAAUAAUAGCAUUUUAUAAAAAUAUAUCACACAUGAUUAUUACGUUAUUUAUUUUUUCAAAUGAAAUGCAAAAAUGUGCCAAGAGUGUUUAAUGAUUGAUUUACUAAUGUGAUUUGUAAAUGAGCUUAUAUUGCAUAAAGGAGAGAUGUGCUUCAGAUGAAAGUUUAUAUUAUGUGAUGAUCAAAAUUAAAAAAGAACAGGUACUGACACGUUUUACCGAAGGAAGUCCAUUGCUGAGAUAUAUUUAUGUCAUUACUGUUGCACUCUUCUGUAACUAAAAAUAAAAGCAUUCCAAAAUGUU